AUGCUCAGAGGAUGUCAUAUUCCUAUUACUAUCAAUCUCCUUGCAGGUGCAAGUAUAACUAAGAAGUGGAGUUUGGACUGCUCACAUGUGCUUGUAGAUGACUCCUUUCCACUGAGUGAUGACCUGAUUGAUGCUAUUGUUGCUAGAAAACCCUUGGUUCAAUAUAGCUGGGUCGAGCUAAUUGUAGGAAAAAAUAUUUGCACCGAUAUUCCAAGCCACAAUUCUCAUGCACCAAAGUUGAUGCUGGAAGGAGUUUCCAUGAAAGUGGUAGAUCCUCAGUCUCGGGAGUGCUGUUUGAAAGGAUAUGCUUUUUUGCUGGAACCAGAAAACAAGUAUAAAUUUGAGGGCAGGUUGCAGUCCUUACUGGAAGUUGGGGGUGCCAUCAUUUCUUCUUCUCAAAUGGUCUCGGAGAAAAAUGGAAAUGACCGUGUGGUAUGUGUAGUUCCAGCAGGAUCAAGCAACUUUAAGUCUUUUUCUAACCAAAGUUCCUUGCCUUGGGUGAGUGAAAUAGAUCUGGUUUCUGCGGUUCUAUCCGGAUAUCUGGAUCCUAUUCUAAUCACAUCCCCACCGGUGCUCGUUACCUCUUCAUGCUCCACAGAUGAGACGGUGGUUGCAGACUCAGAUGCCGAAACAGAAAGUACAAAAUCAGAUCACAUCGCUGCUGCUUCCUGUUCAAUAGAAACUUCAGAGCAUGACAGCAAGGGAACAACUUCUAUACACAAGUUAGAAUCUGUUGAAUAUCACAACGAAGAUAAGUGUACUGUUCAAAUAGUGAUGCCUAGGGAUAAGGUAUCCACGACGGACACAUCUCCCAGUUCAACAAAACAUAUUAAACACGAUGGAGGUCACAUACCACAUGAUGAUGCUACCAUCCAUGACCCUGAAGGUGGUUACAUCAGGCGCUUAGGUGUCAAAAGUGAUAAUACAGUGGUAAAAGAAGAUAUCACGGAUCAGCGGGAAAAUGGGAAGUUGGAUAUCAUAUAUAGCCAAGAUUUAAUUGUUAGAGAUUCUAUCAUGUCAUUACCAGUCUCUUCUUCAUCAAAUGGUGGAGUUACAAAUUUUAAGCGCUUCUGUAAGGCAAAUGCUCCAUCCCAGAAUAGCUUUGCAAUCUUCAUUCCAUUCUCCAAGCAUCCAUACCAAGAAUCUGAGUGUAAGAAUGAGGAUGUUGCUGAAUCUAUUAAAGAAGAGAAAAAAAGAAAACAGAUGGAAGCAAUUGCCGAGGACCUGUUUAAAAGUGAAAAGGGAAAAAAACGUGGUGUUACUGGUCCCCUGCAUGGGUUGUUUGCUCGUAGAUAAUAUGUGUUUUAGGGUUAGUGAACUGAACUGAAGAGCUUUAUAGAGGAUCAUUGGAAUUGGCUCAACUGCAAUUUUACAUGCAUGAUGAUUAGCUGCCUACAAUAUACUAAAGAUAUGCAGAUGUACUGGAUCAACCAUCUAAGACAUUUUGUUGGUAUUCCUAGUUUCUUAGCAAACACUGUAGAUAACACCCUCCUUUUCUUUUCUCCUUGUAUGAAGAUGGGGAAGUCAUCAAUUUCUUCAGGAUGAAUUCUGUUAAGCUAUUGUAUUGGGUCAUUCUUGAAACUAAUUUUCUUUCUUGUUUCUUCA